AUGGCCGCAACGAUUACCAAUAGAAGCAGCACUAAAAGCGGAGGAAAUAUUAUGGAAGAAGAAGCAACAACAAAUCUUUUAAAGAACCGUCACAUUACUGCCACGAUAAAUUCCGGUAAAAAACUUUGCUCUUGGAAUGAUCUUCCUGAUUGGCAAAAGGAUAACGAAUAUAUUAUAUCAGGAUACGUCUUGGAAACCAAUAGUCUGACACAGUCUAUUAAAAGUUUGUUUUAUUUGCACAAUGAAUCUGUCAACAUUUAUACGCACCUGCUCCCAGGUAUUUGUUUUCUAUUGGUAAUAUUGUUUUUUAACACGCACGUAAUAAAGAUUUAUGAUUCAACAACUGGAAUUGAUUACUUUAUGAUAAAUUUAUUUUUUGCUGGAUGUUUUACUUGCUUGAUGAUGAGCAGUACUUUCCAUUGCCUAAAAUCACAUUCGGAGAAAGUAUCCAUAUUUGGUAAUAAGUUGGAUUACUUAGGAAUUGUUGUGUUAAUUAUGACAUCUAUGAUUAGUCUUAUGUAUUAUGGAUUUUAUGAUGCUAGGUUUUUGUUUUAUAUAUUUUCUGGUAUUUGUACUGUCUUAGGGUUAUCAUGUGGAUACGUUUCAUUGAGCGAAAAAUUUAGGUCAAGGGAAUGGAGAGUUUUUAGAGCUGGUAUGUUUGUAGUAUUUGGUCUAUCUGCUUUAUUACCAAUAAUUUGUGGAACAAUUUAUUACGGUAUACGUCAAACUUGGAUCAGAAUUCAAGUGAAAUGGGUUCUUUUAGGAGGCGUGUUCUAUAUAAUUGGGGCCUUUAUAUACGGUAUCAGGUUUCCUGAGAAAAAUUUACCGGGAUCCUUUGAUAUCUGGGGACAUUCUCAUCAAAUUUUCCAUGUACUGGUUGUUUGUGGUACAUUGGCACAUCUAAAAGCAUUGUUGGGCGCAUAUGAAAAUGCACAUGAAAUGUGA